CUCGUCACGUGACGCGGUGGCGGGCUCUUCCAAAGCGGCGGCGGCCGCGGGCGGUGACGGGAGGGGCUCGCGGCGGGGCCUGGUCCGUUGGCCUUCAGCCUCCUCACCGCCGCCAUCCUCCUCCUCCUCCUCCUCGUCCUCCUCAGCCGCCCCCGGCGGGUUCGUGAGGGGAAAAACCGUGAAAACUAACGGGACUGGGGAGGGAAGGGACCGCCGCGGGCUGCUCUGGGCUCCCCGUCAGCGCCCUGACGUCUCGCUUGAGCUUCUCGCUUCACGCAGCCGUCCCGGUCCCCCCCCAGGCGAGCCGCGAUGGCCGUGCAGAUGCAGUUCGAAGCGAACGCAGACGUGUCUGCGGAGGAGGAGAGCUUCGGCCCAGAGCCCAUCUCCAGGUUAGAGCAAUGUGGUAUAAAUGCAAAUGAUGUGAAGAAAUUGGAAGAAGCUGGGUAUCACACAGUUGAGUCUGUUGCUCACGCGCCCAAGAAGGAGCUACUAAAUAUUAAAGGCAUCAGCGAAGCCAAAGCUGACAAAAUCUUGGCUGAAGCAGCUAAACUGGUCCCGAUGGGUUUUACCACAGCAACGGAAUUCCAUCAGCGAAGGUCAGAAAUCAUCCAGAUCACCACCGGGUCCAAAGAACUUGAUAAACUGCUUCAAGGAGGAAUAGAAACAGGGUCCAUAACAGAGUUAUUUGGAGAAUUUCGUACUGGAAAAACACAGUUGUGCCAUACCCUAGCAGUAACCUGUCAACUUCCCAUUGACCGAGGUGGUGGUGAAGGAAAAGCUAUGUACAUUGACACAGAAGGGACCUUCCGUCCAGAACGUCUUCUUGCUGUGGCUGAAAGGUACGGCUUGUCUGGCAGCGAUGUCCUAGAUAACGUGGCAUACGCUCGAGGUUUUAACACGGAUCAUCAGACCCAGCUCCUGUAUCAGGCGUCGGCUAUGAUGGCUGAAUCACGGUAUGCACUGCUGAUUGUGGACAGUGCCACAGCCCUUUACCGGACAGAUUACUCCGGAAGAGGUGAGCUAUCAGCCAGACAGAUGCAUCUCGCCAGAUUUCUGCGUAUGCUGCUUCGACUUGCAGAUGAGUUUGGUGUGGCAGUUGUGAUCACUAACCAAGUGGUAGCACAAGUAGACGGAGCAGCCAUGUUCGCAGCAGAUCCCAAGAAGCCUAUUGGAGGAAAUAUCAUAGCACAUGCUUCCACCACGAGACUGUAUCUGCGAAAAGGCCGAGGCGAAACCAGAAUAUGCAAAAUUUAUGAUUCUCCUUGCCUUCCUGAGGCUGAAGCGAUGUUUGCUAUUAAUGCUGAUGGAGUGGGAGAUGCAAAAGACUGAAGACUUCGCUUCAUUUCCCACGUAACCUGAGACUAGGUGGCUGUAAAAAGGCUCCUUUCUUUGUGACACGUUACGGACGCUUUUCUGGUGCAGCUGCUGUUCAGAUGCUGGCAGAGAACUCUGUUGUAUUUCAACAUAUGUGUCCGUCAGGUGAAUACAUUUUGAGACACAUCUGCAGGUGUUGCUUGGAAGAGAUCGUCCCUCCUGGGCUUUAGUCACGUGUUAGGUUAAAGUGGUUUCUUGAGAAUAUUUUCAGAAGACCAUAGGCUUUGUAUUUUCCUCACAGCUGUUGCUCCAGUUGGAUUCUGCUGGUGGGCGUAGGCACAGCAACGUGAGAGUAUGUGGCAAUAGUUCAUAACUUGGUGACUUUAAAGUCAUACUGAUGGGUUUGUCAAAUAAGAAAAGUAGUAACUUAAAUACUUGGUGGAUUGCUUUAAUAAUUAACUGCAAAAUAAAGCAGAAUGGUGUUCCACAAUAAGAAUUUGGGAAUAUUGCCAUGAUUGAUGAGAUUAUCAUCAAUCCAUAUUCUUUAUGUUAAUUUUGUUUUGCAUGCUGCAACAUGCCACUUUUUGGGAACUGUUAAUUUACAUCUCAGUGCCUUUUUUUUGUAUUUUAUUAAUUCUCUGUGGAAAUCUGCUUUUAAUAAAAGGACCAUGAAAGUA